AUGUCUUCUGAGAAGCUAGGACCAAAAAUAUUUGGCCCACCGCUGUUUGUGAAGCCAAAGAAGACUGCGGUUACGGUGUCCGAUGAUUUCAACCAAAGUCAGCGUGCGGUGUCCAAUACUUUCAAUGAAAGCCAGGCUGCGGUGCCCAAGGCGCAAGUUCGGACCGUUGGCCCUGCGCCAUGGCCUGGGUUUAAAGCGUUGAACUCAAAUGUUCCCGGCCCGGCAGUGAAGAAAACAGGUUCGGAACCUGAUCCCUUCAAAAAACUUUAUCCACCAAGUAACAUCUCGCAAGAUUCCAAACCCAGUACGCCAGUUUCGAAGAUGCCCCGAGUCAUCGGACCGCAGCCAUACCAAGGUCCGCGGAAGUAA